UCCGUUUGAUCCGCAUUUCCUUGAAACAAUGAAGGGAAAGCAAGGAGCUCUGGCGAUCAUCGCGAUCUUCGUGGUUGCUGCCAAUGGACGGGUUUACUACUUGCAGAAUCCGGACGCAAAUCGAUACGCAGCCUCAACUUAUCCCAUUCCGAAUGAACAAUCUUCGCGAGAUUUAGAUCUCAGCUUCUCCGCCGAGGACCCAAACGAAAUUGAUGACACUGUGCGUCCUGUUAAAAAGACGUACACGCUGCUCGCUCCGGAAAAACCGUUCAUCGAGAUGGACAAAGAGGAGUUACCGAUCGGUCGCUACAAACUAGUCCAGGCACCUGUUAAGAAAUUUCCCGGCGCGGACGACGUCAUCGUUUUACCAGAACAAACUCGCAAAACGGUGAAAAUCGAUGGGAACAACAAGAGAGAAGUGAUCCUGGAGCUUCGCGUUAUCGCUAAUCAUGACAGCGUUUGA